GAAGACUAUUCGCUCGCGACCAAUACCAGCAUUUUGCCAACUCAUGUUAUCGCUGAAGUUGUGGCGAUCAACUGGGUGAACUUUAGCCUAAAAUCACUUGCACUGUGCACUGGCCUUCAGAUCCAUUGCCUGGUAGAGAUCAAGCACUCGACUUAGCCCAGUCCAACUUGUCAGAGCAGUUAACUCCAGAAUCAGUAAAAAUGACAGACCCAUAUCAUCGUCCAGACAGCAAGAGGCUCCAGGCACUGAAAGACAUAGCAAACAAGUUGAGAAUCCACAGCAUUUCGUCGACUAGUGCCGCAGGUUCUGGACAUCCAACAUCAUGCUGCUCUGCUGCAGAGAUCAUGUCUGUGCUCUUCUUCAACACCAUGAGGUACUCCAUCAGCAAGCCACGUGACCCCGGUAGUGACCGCUUCAUCAUGUCAAAGGGUCAUGCUGCUCCUAUCUUGUAUGCAGCCUGGGCUGAAGCUGGGUUGGUCGGUGUCGACGACCUCAACAAUCUCCGCAAGAUUGACAACGAUCUGGAGGGACAUCCUACUCCUAGACUCUCGUUCGUAGAUGUGGCUACUGGUUCACUGGGACAGGGUCUGAGUGUGGCUGCAGGUAUGGCCUAUACUGCCAAGUACUUUGACAAGGCCGACUAUCGCACCUAUUGCUUGGUCGGUGAUGGUGAGAGCGCAGAGGGGUCCAUCUGGGAGGCAUGUGCAUUCGCCAGCUACUACAAACUGGACAAUCUUGUGGCCAUCUUUGAUGUCAACCGUCUUGGUCAGAGUCAACCAGCUUCCCUUGAGCACCAGGUGGAAGUCUACCAGAAGAGAUUGGAAGCAUUUGGGAUGCAUGCUAUUAUUGUUGAUGGUCAUGAUGUGGAGGCCUUGAACAAGGCCCUCUAUGAUGCUUCCACCGUCAAGGACAAGCCUACUGCCAUUGUAGCAAAGACAUUCAAGGGCAAGGGCUGCCCAGAUGUGGAGGAUCUUGAGAAUUGGCAUGGGAAGGCUCUUGGUGCUAAGGCUGAGGGAGCUCUGAAUGCCAUCAAGGCUCUUAUCUCCAACCCUGGACCCCAUGGUAUCGUCCCACCUGCUUCAACUCCUCUGGCUGAGCACGAUCUCUCCAAAGUGUGUCUGAGUGAGCCUCCAAGCUAUAAGACUGGGGAUAAGGUUGCAACCCGUGUUGCGUAUGGCACUGCUCUUGUCAAACUGGGCAAUUCCAUCCCCAACGUUGUGGCCUUGGAUGGGGACACCAAGAACUCCACCUUUGCCAUCACCUACAAGAAUGCCUUCCCAGACCGAUUCGUUGAGUGCUUCAUCGCCGAGCAGAAUCUCGUUGGUGUGGGCAUCGGUUGCGCCUGUCGUGACCGCAAUGUGGUGUUCGUGAGCGCCUUCGCUUGCUUCCUGGCAAGGGCUUACGAUCAGAUCCGCAUGGGUGCCAUCUCCCAGACCAACGUCAACUUUGUUGGCUCUCAUUGUGGUGUUUCUAUUGGUGAGGACGGACCAUCCCAGAUGGCUCUUGAGGACAUUGCUAUCUUCCGUGCCAUCCCGACCUGUACUGUCUUUUACCCCAGUGAUCCGGUCUCUUGUGAGCGUGCCAUCGAGUUGGCUGCCAAGACCAAGGGUAUCACGUUCACCCGUACCAGCCGCCCAACCACGGAUCUCCUCUAUGGCAACGAUGAAGUCUUUGAGGUUGGAAAGGCCAAGGUGAUCCGCCAGUCGGCUGAAGACAAGGUGGUCCUUGUAGGAGCAGGAAUCACUCUCCAUGAGGCUGUGGCUGCUGCUGAUCUACUCGAGAACGAGGGUAUCAAGGUCACCGUGAUUGACCCCUUCACCAUCAAACCCAUCGAUGCCGCCACACUCACAGCGUGUGCUAAGGCUGCAGGUGGACGCGUACUGACGGUCGAGGAUCACUACAGAGAAGGUGGUUUGGGUGAAGCUGUAGCCGGUGCCCUAGCCAGCCAACCAGGCAUCGUGGUACGCCGUCUGGCUGUUGACAGAGUUCCUCGCAGUGGACCCUCAAAGGUCCUCAUCGACAUGUUUGGCAUCAGUGCAAACUGCAUUGUCAAGGCCGUCAAGGAAAUGUUAGCCUAAAGAAGGGAUGGCCCAAAUGACUCCGCAACACGGAGCAAGUCCGGUUGUAUAUUUCACUCUUCAUUUGUUUCCCCCCCCCCCCCGAGUCACUUUCUUUUUUUAUAGUUGCUUCUUCCUUGUUUAGUAAUUCUUUGUUGAGGCAGGUUUCUGUUAACAGUCCAUAUGUAAUCACUGAAAUCAUAACUUUGCAAUAUUAUUGCAAGUUACACAUAAACAUGAGUAUCAUAAAUCAUGUAGCUGAUUUUUUUUCUUCAUACUAAGAAAUGAAAGAAAUUAAUCUUCGGAUAGAGACUGCCAGAAAUUGAAUGUUGAAUGAGAGUCAGAAAGGCACUAUUUCUGUAUUAAAUACAGUUAUGUAAUGCCUUUCAGCACUUUCAGUAAUAGAUUUGAAGGUCAGUUCAUCUUUAGAGUUGAAUAUAAUGCUUACAAAUGCUUCCAUGUUUAAGACUCUCCUCUCCUCACCAAAUGUUUAUGCACAUAGUUGAUAUAUCUAUGGCCAAUGUAGAUUGCUCAAUGACAUUUUUCUUAUAGCAAAAACCAGUAAUGAUAAACAAAUUUACAGUAUUUUUACAAGGCAAUGUGUACUUUGCCAUCUUGAUUAGUACUUUACUGGUAGUGGUACUUGUAUGUUGUUGAUGGUAAAUAGAUGUCGCAUUAUUUAAAUUUGUUCAACAGCUUCUUCCUUAUGUAUUCCACAUUUUACAUGAAUAUCACAUUUUAGAAUUCACAUUGGUAACCUACAUCUAUUUUGUGAGUAAUGACAAAGAAAAUGUGCAACAGUGCAAGACUUGCAUAAGAAUUUGUUUUCCCUCAUGGCUGGUAUACAUGUAGAUUUUGCAUCAUUGUGAUAUCAUUCCAGUUGUAUUGAACUGAUUGGAUGUUAAACAGAUGCGCUCUUGGUGAUAUGAAUUUUGAGUGAAAAUAAAACUUGAUGACUAUUGUGAAAUUUCUUCAAAAAGAUACACAGAAUUAUUCUGCCUGAAUAUAAUAACCAUCAAUAUUAAUAUUUCUUAUAGACCAGGGCUAUUUUAAAAUAAUAUACAGAAUCACUGAAUCAUUGAUGUUUCAAUCAAAUUUAGUGUCACUUUGUUAAUAACUGUCAAGGUCUAUUUACAUUUUUUUAAGGUAUAUUACGUUAUCAAUAACUAUAUCAGUACUUGAAGUACUAAUUUUUCCUGAAUAUAUAUUUUUUUGUUAUCAUCCAAGAAAGAGUAAAACUCAGAUUAUAUUUGUAUAAGUACUCGUAUGGCACACAGUGAUCAUGUGAUCUGUAUGUAAAUGAGACACCAAAGUAGUCAUGUAUCCUUUCACUUUUUCCAGAAACUAAUGUUUUUGUGCGGUAAUCGUUUUUAGUACAUAUCACUCCUCUUAAAAGAGCCAUGAGAGUUAUAGCAUGAUCAAAGAUCAAGAAAUAAAUAUUGCACACAAA